AUGACUGAAGCAAACGCCAUCACAGACCUGCCCUCUGGCGAGCCCAUCGCCCCGCCGACCCCGGCACCAGCUCCCCCCAAGCUGCCCCUCAGCGCCAUCCUCGCUGCGACGCCCUCCAACAUUGACGCCUUCAUUGCCCACCUCCACCGUUGCAUGCAGACCCCUUCGGGCAUCGACACGGUACUCCUCUUCAUCGGCUACACGGCCCGCCUCUCUUCAAACCUGCUCGACGCCGCCAGCCGCUCGGCGCUCCACCGCUCCGCCCACAAGCUCAUCACCCUCGCCUUUUCCCUCCCCGAGAGCACGACCUUGCUUCUCUCCGCCGCGCCCCAGGCCUCCCCGGUCGCGAGCCUCGCCCUGCGCCUCGCCACGAGGCUGCGCGCCCUGUCCCUGCUGCUGAGCGAGAGCCGCGUUUUCCUGCGCUCCUGGGGCCUGCUGGGCAUCUACUUUGCCGGCCGCCGCCUCGUGCUGCCCCUUCUCGAGAAGAAGAAGCCCCAGACCGUCGACGAGAAGACAGGCGCCAAGCCCGACACGAGCGCCGAGACGCUCGACAAGACGGUUGCCUGGGCGCAAUUCAUCACCCUCGUGCUGUUCCAGUCGCUCGAGAACGCCUACUUCCUCAGCGGCAAGGGCGUCUUCGGCCUGACACCGGCACAGCAGGUCAAGGCCGCGCGCUGGAGCACGAGGUCGUGGUCGGCCUACGUCGGGCUCGAGAUUGGACGGCUGCUCAUCGAGAGGCAGCGUCGCAAGAGCGGCGACGUGACGAGCGCGGAGCACAAGGAGUGGAAGGCCGCGUGGCAGAGGAGCUUCGUCAGGAACGUGGCGUGGGCGCCAUUGACGGUGCACUGGAGCACGGCCGACGGGAUUCUCAAUGACACCGUCGUCUGGGCCAUCGGCUGUGUGCCCGGCAUUGUCCAGAUGAGGCAGCUCUGGAAGGACACAGCUUGA